CCCUUUUUCCCUCUCUCUUUUCUUUUUCUUCUCUUCUUAUUUGUUCGUUUCAUUUUCUUUCCCUCCCACACCAUCCCACACCACUAUUCACUUCUCUCCAUUUCGGUCCUGCGGAUUGAUCUUUUUUACCGUCUUUUUAUUCUAUUUUAUUGUUUCCUUUUAUCGGGUUUUAUUUUUUUUUUCUAUACGUUCGCUUGCCAAUACUCAGUCUUGCUGGUCAACCGACAAACCCCAAACGAAGCAAACGACGUAUACUUGCCCUUUUUUUUUAACCCUUCGGAAUAAAGCGAUUUAAUUGUCAUUACGCCAAACUCGAAGAACAGACAAAGAAAAAAAAAACCUUAGCUGCAAGCUUUUCGGACGACCCAGUUGAAGCCGCCCGUUAUUCCAAUAUCGUCUGAACCGACACGCGUUCGGACCGAACUCUUUUGACGAACGCCGUCUCUUGUCGAAUCACCAACACAAAACCGCCAAAAUGGGUCAGUUCGGAUUCCUCAACGACCUCGUGUGGACGGAGCCCAAGGCCCCGGCCAUCAAGGGAGCCAUCAGCCCCGAGGAUGCCCUCAACGCCAGGAUCUUUGGCUUCAUCUGGCUCGGUUCCGUCUACGGCAUCGCCAUGAUCUGGUGGGCGCUCGCCCUGCUCGCCCGCUGGGAUCGCUCCAGGGAGACGGGCGCCGGCUCCGUCCUGCUCGCCUUCAUCCUCAGCACCGCCUGGCCCGUCGUCAUGGUCUACCUCAUCGCCAACCCGAUAUAAGCAACCCGAAGAGAAAAAAAGAAAUCGGGCCCCACUAAAGGAAAGCAACGGGCGUAACGACUGGGACAUGGAAGCGGGGAAUGAAUGGGAUGGUCCCCCUUUGAUCAAGCCGCGGGCGCGGGGAAGAGGAGGUUUGGUUGUUGAGUGGAGAGGGUAGCCAGGCUUGAAGCGGGUAGAGAACGGGUGGGACACCGGGGGACAAUGGAGGACGCGGAUGGGGCUGGUAGGGCGAUCGGUGGCGCUCCGGGAUGAGGCCGGUGAUCGGUCGCUUGGCCGGCCCGAGUGAUACCAAUUCAAAAGUGGCGGGCUGGAUUCUACUCCUGCUCUUCUACUUUCGGAUGCUGGGUUGGUUCUCCUCACACAGAUGGGACUUGGAACUUUUGGAGCCCCUUGCUGGUAAUGGGACACAACGGAGCGUUCGGUUUUUACUACUCUUUUUUUUUCUCUGUUUCUUUGCAAGCAAUGACAAUACCUGACUUCUGAAUCGGAAUUCCCCUGUCCCAUGUUCUCGUGGAUGUUGACAUCGUAAACACAGAUGCU